AUGGGAAGAGUCGCGAUCGUUGGUGGUACGGGAAUGGAUUAUGAUAAUCCAUCAUCCAUUCGUAACGCAUUCCGCGGCGUUGACACUGUGUUAUCCUUUGUUGCGACGGCGGAUAGUGACGAAGGAUUCGAAGUGCAAAAGAAGUUGAUCGAUACGGCGAUUGAGAUGGGCGUGAGGAGAUUUGCACCCUCAGAAUGGGCGGCUGCGAACCAGAGCCAGAUCGCACAUUACCAAUUCAAGGAUCGAACCCAGAAGUACCUAGAGGAGGUGAAUCAAUCAAAAGAGGCAAGCGUCAUAGAGUAUUGUCUCUUCCAGCCUGGAUUUUUCACCAACUACUUUGCUCAUCCCUAUGCAACUACUCAACACUUUGCCAUGUUUGGCAUGUUCGUGGACUUUGAGCAACGACGGGCAAUCAUCAUUGACAAUAGCGUUGCCAAACUUACACUAACUACUGUUGAAGAUCUUUGCGCAACGGUUGCAGAUGCCCUGGACUACGAAGGAAAAUGGCCGACAAUUGGUGGUAUGAGUGGAUCCACGAUUGAUGUUGCUGGCUUGAUCGCUCUUGGCGAAUCGAUUCGCGGAGGGCCCUUUCAAGUCGACAGAGUGUCUCUGAAAGAUGUGCAAGACAACACCUUCAGCACGACAUGGGUCCCAAUGAUUGAACAUCCCGGCGUGUCAGUUGCAAUGCGCGAGGCUGUCUCAAGGAAUGUUUUACGUGAAUACCUACUUGGGAUCGAAAGAGGGGCCUGGUCGGUAACUGAUGAGUGGAAUCAUUGCCUAAAUCUCUCUUAUACAACUGCCGAGCAGUAUCUGCGGAAGUUUUGGGCAAAUAAACAAUAA